AUGCGGGACGCUCCCGAGCCGCGGUGGGGCGCGGCCUGCGAGAGCCCUGGGGCCUGCGACAGCUUCGGCGCGGGCAGCGGCUUCUGCCUGGUGCAGGCCGUCAGCCGCGACACCAGCGCCGGCAAGGUCGUCUACACACCCCUGGCACCAGCAUGUCCCCCGAGGACGUCGGCCGGCGCGCGUCCGGCCCCCCGGCGGUGCUCCUGUCCUCCAACUGCCGCGUGGCACGAGGGGGCAGCGCGGUGGAGGAGGAUCGGCGGCGCUCGGCGGCGGCGUCUCGCCCAAGGCGCAGCUAUUGCACUGCCCCAGGGAAGCGCCCGUGGCGGUGCUGACCAUCCCGAAGUGCGGGACGACGUCCGUGAUAAAUUGGGUGCUGCGCAUGGACAGCCAGGAGUACGACUCGCUCGCUCGGGCGGCCGACCUGGCGCUCACGCACGGGCCCGACGCCUUCAUGUACGGUUGGCUUCUCGCCGAGCUGAACCGCACGGGUGGCUUCCGGGAGGAGGCCCACCUGGUCCAGUUCCUGCAGAGGUCCAUGCACCGGUUCAGGUCCGGGCUGGCCCAGAACUUCGUUCCGCCAGCCCACCUGUGCCCGGCCUGCUGCCUCCACGGCCACCGCCGGCAGUUCGUGGUCGUGGCGAGGAACCCGUACGUGCGCAUCGCGUCCCUGUUCAAGUACGACCUGCUGAACUCGGACGGUCACUCGCCACACCUGCCCUGGACACGCUGGCGGUUCUUCGGGCCAUGGUUGGAGCACCUGGUGGGCAGGGGGACCGUCCACAAGCACACGCUGACCGACGAAGAGGAGAGGCCAGGAUCGUCGGCCACCUGAUGCACCUCCGCCCCCUCGGCGAAAUGGUCCGGGACAGGCGGUUCGCCGCGGGCACUGGGGCGCUGGAGGACGGGCUCGCCCACGUGGUGCACCUGGAGACGCUGCAGACCUCCAGGAGCUCGACCGGCUCCUGUGCUCGCGCUUCUCGCACUGCGCCUCCCUGCCCGAGUUCCCGCAGGUGGGCCGAACACCUAGUUGGGCCAGGUGGGCCGAACUGACUGCAUACUUCCCGAUGCCAGAGAAGGUUGUUGGGCGAGGCCUGCUCCUAUGAAGAACGCCGCGGCUCUUGAAGAA